AUGGUUCACCUGCUUCCCGGCGAAGUUGGCCUCCCCGAGGACGCCAAAUAUCUGACUGACCUUGGCCUUACCGACCCCGCUUCCGAGGUCAACGCGCUCAGACGCCGCGAUGUAGAAGGACACGAAGGCAAAGAGUAUUCGCAGAUCAACACCCCUCUCGGCCCUCUCCCUGACGUGAUCCGGAUGUUCGGCAAGCCUGCACUCGAGGAAUUCGUCCAGGGCACAUACGGUGUGCUCGGCCAUCGCUUCUUUCCCUAUGUGGAUGAGAAGGGCGGGGUUCACCCCGAAAACAGCUGGGGAGCAGCCCGGAACAACAUAUCAUACGGCAUAAGCGGAGCAGAGACGGACGUCGUACCAAACUACACCGAUGACGAUGUGUACGUGUUCCAUGACAGAACAGGAGGACGUUGGACUGCUCAGAUGGUCCUGGCCGAAUACAUGACCCACGAACCCCGUACAGAGCUGGUGAUGCGGGCUCAUGAUCUCGAGCGCGGACGAUUUGGCGUUAUUCUGCAAAACACUGGCGAGUUCGUGAUGAACAUUGCCAAGCUCGCUGAGCUCUGUCACCAGCUCGACGCCCAUUCCAAAGCCCAGUUGUGGGAUUUAAAGAUUCGCGUUAUUUUGGACUGUAGAGACUCAUCCGCGCCACAGACAAUUCGACAGGUUAUGAGGCUGGCCAAGGAAGAUCGCGAUUUUUUUUACAUUCAGCUUCUAAAUUUCUGCAUCAAGGACUUCGCAGAUCUGAAGAAGCAGGUAGACGAUCUGGGAGUGAAAGGACAAUGGUGGAACGAGCUAGCGUAUAUCAUUAGCCCUAACUUGGACGGCCUCAGUGUUAUAGCUGGCGUGAAGCACGAGGAGCUUCGAGUUGGCCUCCAUCUAGAAUCCAAUAAAACUUGGGUAAAGGACCUCGCUGACAAUCUUCGUACAGUUGCGCUCCAUGCACCCCGGAACGGCGCCGCGGAAGAUCUCGAAAACGGAACUGGCCCGUUCAAAAUUGCAACGUUAGCGGACAAGGACCUCCACAUAUUCCACGCCGAUGCCAUUUCAAAAGCUCUUCAGCUUUAUUGGCGGGAGAUCCGACCUAAUCAGCCGACAAUGUCCCCAUCUCCUGCACCAACAAUAACAAGGAAUAACGAGCACUAUGCUUCGACAUGGACAGAUCCUAUGCGCAUCGUAAAAAUGGAUCCGCAAAACAGGCCUCGAGACUAUUACAGCCUACAAUCCGCGGAUGCGGCUAGGCACUGUAUCGACUGGAACGCCGAUUACGUCCUAACAGACAACAUCCCAAAUACUUGCUACCAGCUUGCUAUGCACGCUGCAAAAUUCAAUCAGGCUCACCUCUACAGGAACCGCAUACAGUUUUAG